CUGACACACACUUCUGUAGGCAGUCUGGCUUCCGCUCUCGGGGAUCAGCACCAUGAAGACCAGACUUGGCUGCCUGUCCAAUAAAUCUGACUCCUACAGUGACUUCUCAGAGUUCCUGCCUCCUGCUCACGAAACCACUGCCAGGUGUCUGAAAUUAUCAACGGAUGAGGUUGUUCGAUGGUCAGAAUCGUUUGAUCAUCUUCUCUCUCACAAAUAUGGCCUUGCUGCCUUCCGGACAUUUCUCAAGACGGAAUUCAGUGACGAGAAUAUUGAGUUUUGGAUGGCCUGCGAGGAGUACAAAAAAAUCAAGAGCUCAACCAAGCUCGUUUCGAAAGCAAACAAGAUCUUUAAGGAGUUCAUUGAUAUUCAGGCACCAAGAGAGGUAAACAUUGACUACCGCACCAGAGAAAAGACCAAGCAGAGUCUGGAGGAUCCGUCCCCAACCAGCCUCAAUGAUGUCCAAGCUAAAGUCUACAGCCUCAUGGAGAAAGACUCCUACCCACGAUUCCUCAGGUCAAAGAUGUAUCAGGAUAUAGUCAACAGGACGCAUGCACAAGGCCAACGGAGGUCUGUUUGA